UGCUGGACUAUAAACGCGUCCGGUGCGCGUCUCUCCUCAGUCGCAGUCGAGCACGAGCAGCGCGAGCACCAGAGCACCAGAGCUGGCCGGAAGAGCAGAUAGCAGCACGCGCACACUAACUCGCUCUCGGUCUGGAUUUUGGGAUGGAAACUCGUGCGACUACGCGGAGCGCUCGCGCCUCCAACACUCUCACCUUCAAGAGUGGUUUGUCUCUGUGGUUGGUGGUAUGGCUGUUGGCAUGUCGCUGUGCACCGGGCCAGGCGUGUCCCAGGCUGUGUGUGUGCUACCAUACGCCCAUGACUGUGAGCUGUCAGUCUCAGAACUACACCGCGGUUCCCACCGGCGUGCCCUACGACUCCCAGCGCGUCUUCUUGCAGAACAACCGUAUCGCCGAGCUCAGAGCCGACUCUUUUGGCUUCGAAACACAGGUCCUCUGGCUGUACUCCAAUAACAUCACAUGGAUCGAAGCAGGGGCCUUCAGCAAUCUGCGUGUCCUGGAGGAACUGGAUCUGAGCGACAACCCUUCCCUGCGGCGGCUGGACGGCGGGGCGUUCCGGGGCCUGGAGCGCCUGCAGAGCCUCCACAUGCACCGCUGCCACCUGAGCGAGCUGCCCGCCGACCUGUUCCUCAAGCUCUACAGCCUGCAGUUCCUCUACCUGCAGGAGAACCAGCUGACGCACCUCCCCGACGGACUCUUCUCCGACCUGGUCAACCUCACACACCUGUUCCUGCACGGCAACCGCAUCCGCGUCCUCUCGGAGAACGCCUUCCGUGGCCUGGUGAAUCUGGACCGGCUGCUGCUGCACGACAACCGCAUCCGGCAGGUCCACCGACGGGCCUUCCGCGACCUGGGCCGGCUGACCAUCCUCUAUCUCUUCAACAACGCUCUGCAGGAGCUGCCGGGUCAGGUGUUGAAGGACACGUCCUCGGUGCAGUUCCUCAGGCUCAACGCCAACCCCUGGACCUGCGGAUGUGAAGCCAGGUCGCUCUGGGAGUGGUUCCGCAAAGCUCGGAUCUCCAGCUCAGACGUGACCUGCUCUUCGCCCGCCCCGAGGAAAGGCCAGGACCUGAGGUUCCUGCGGGAGAUGGACUUCGCGCUCUGCCCGUUGCCUGACCCAGGAUCCAUGGCGGGCACUACAACCACCACCUUCAGCACCAAGACUCGCUGGUGGAUCUCGAAGAACAAGCCGGCCUCGUCGUCCAAGAGCUACUUUCACAAGAGCAGCGAGACCCAGAAGGCCUUUCCAGUCAAGCAUCCCUCAUCUUCAUCCCCCUCCUUCUCCUCCAAGUAUGACCUCACCGUGGAGGAGGACGCUCUACCCAAGCUGGAGCCCGAAGAGUACUGGGCAAACUACGGCAACGAGGACGCCGCCUCAGUCUCCUGUUUCGAGCUCGAGUGCCCACCCGGGUACGACUCUCCCGUUCUCCCGUCUUCCUCCUCGGCUUCGCUUCUGCCCUUCCUCUCGCUCACCGCGCUGACUCUCUCUUUCCAUCUGCUCUUCGGCUGAGCUUUCCUUCUCCUCCUCUUCCUCCUUUGUUACGCUCCACUACCUUUCUCCUGCGAUCGGCUUAUGCUGAUUAAUGCAUAGAAGCAGCCAUGCAGAAAAGGGUGACAAGACUGAACACAACAACACACACAGUAGACCAGAGACGGGGUCCUGCAUGCAUGCGGCAUUACUCGCGUCACGUCCGUCUCUGGAAUAAGAGAACACAGGGCAAGGAGACGAGUAAAGAGGGAUAUAGGGAGUCAUGUGGAAAAUGAACUAGAGGGAAGUCUCUAGACGGAGAGGAAAACUCUCACACCAGCAAAUGUCAAUUAUCAAUGAAAAUCAUCUCAUCGUGUAAAUAGGAUCAUGCACACACUCUGCUAUCAGUAGAUCUCUUCUCUUCUGAAUGAUGGUUGGGUACCACUCCAGAUACAGCAUCAUAGCCAAUGGCCAUAAAAACUAUUCAAAUUACUUAAGCUUCACUUAAAAUGACACAAUUAUACAAUUAUAAAAUGAUAAUUGGACACAUUUUGAUAUUUCAUUAUAUAAUGCGCUGAUAUUUUUUAGGUGAAUAUUUUGGAUCUUUUUGGGGCCAUUGUAAAUGAUAUGGUGAAAAGAUGAGCUAACGGAAGAAUGGAGAGUCUUCCACGUGUUAAAACUGUGUCAAGUACUUUAGUUGUGUUAGUUAAUCUGAGGCACCUCGGCUAUCAGGUGAAGUUAGAGCAGGAAGUCAAUGUUUAAUUCACCCUGAAGAAGUCAGGAACCACUCGAGGUGAGAGAGCUGUGUUUCCUCUGUGUGUGAGAUAUCUCUUUCCGUGAGCACGUGUUCAGCUGUUUACAGAACAACAUGUCAAACUUUGUCUUAAACUUGUCAAUAAAAAUCAAUGAAUAAAU